ACAGGAUUGUUCUUUUUUUUCUAAUAUUGAUGAUUGUCUUGGGUCACAUAAUUUUCUUCCACAUAUUUAAAUGUACUCAAGAGAAAAACUCUCCUUCAAAAUCAGAAGUGCCUCAUAACCAUAAAACUUGCUGGCUAGUUGAGAAAUUCCACUCCUUAAAUGCAAUUGAAAAAAUAUGGUAUACCUGCCUCUUAUUAAUCACGCUAUUUGUUGUGGUAUACAUCAUUUUGAUGAGGAUGUAUAUUUCUACAGUAGAACAAAGAUCAUAUCCUGCAUUUAUGGUGGCUCCCUAUCGUGUAUAUAGUUGGCGGGCAGACAAAUUUAAGUCAUUAUUUUCCUAUGACGGAGUAUGGUUUGUGCCACAAAAUCAGUGCAGCUGCCCUUUACAGAAUGGUGAAUCUAUCUAUGAUCUGGAAAGUAGUUAUUAUCCAAAUGAUCGCGAAUCAGCUAAGGAACGACGAACAGCUGCAUUUAAACAACAUUUGAAAAGACUGGAAUCUACAUCACAACCUCUUCUAAUAGCUGAACCAAACUCUCCUCUCAGCUACCCUGUGCAAGGAGUUGAAGUGAUGCCGCUACACACCAUCCUGAUCCCAGGUCUGGGUGUCCAUGGAAUUCAAAGAAACCAUUACAUAGUAUCUUUACACGUGUCUACAGGUGUCCUGAACACCCUUGCAGAAGUUCCUCAAGAUGUUGUAGAAGGACAAGGUGGAAAACAAAUGAACGUUUCCAUUUCUAACCCUGAAGUGUUAAAUUUUAUUCUGACAACUAUCACGUAUACUAGCACAGUAUACACUAUCAGUUCUGUUGAUUUAGUUCGUUUUGAAUUUGAAUCACAUACUGCCAUUUUCCCCAUCAAAAUUAGACAUCCAGAAAUGUUAAAGUUAUAUGACCAUGGAAAAGGCAAGGAUAUCAACUCUUUGGUGACCAUAACUAUCAAGACAUUUCUUAGAUAUCACAAACUAAGACCUUUAAUCAAGAGCAUCCGAACAUUUUAUCCGAAUAUUACAAUCAUAGUAGCAGAUGACAAUGAGAAUCCUGAGAAAAUCGAAGAUCCACAUCUUGAACAAUACUUCAUGCCAUUUGCAAAGGGCUGGUUCGCUGGAAGAAAUCUUGCAGUUUCUCAAGUCACAACAAAAUAUUUCUUAUGGGUUGAUGAUGACUUUCUUUUUACUGAAAAGACAAAAAUAGAAAACUUUAUUACAGUGCUUGAGGAAUCAGAUUUGGAUGUGGUUGGAGGUGUGGUUGAUGAUGGCCGUUUUAUGUUUAAACUCCUAUUUGAAAAAGGAAACGAUGAAGAAGGAGACUGUUUACAUUGGAGGCAUGGUGCAUUUCAUCCAUUAGAAAAAUUUCCUAAUUGUGCUGUGACAAGUGUGGUGACAAAUUUCUUUUUAGCCCGAACAGACCAGGCAAGAAGAGUUGGCUUUGAUCCUAAGCAUGCACGAGUGGCACACCCAGAAUUCUUCAUAGAUGGGCUUGGAAUACUGAAGGUUGGAUCCUGUACAGAUGUUAUUAUACAACACCAGUCCCAUGCACCAUCACAGAAUAAAACACUGGCUGAAUUUGAAAAGAAGUACUUAAAGUUCCGAGUACCCUCAGAUGAUGUACACCAUUUCCGAAGGAGAGAGCAUUUUUUCAAGAACAGAUUAAAAUGUUUUUCACGGAUAGAACUCAGUCAUAAGCCUUUGCAUUAAAAUUCAAUUUAAAAAUUAGGAAGUAAAGAAAAUAUAAUGGAACAUGUGAUUCACUGUUUUUGGGACGGGGAUACUGAAAGACAGAGUCUCACAUUAUGCAGAGUACUAAUUAUGCCACCACAGCUGCUAUUAACAUUAAGGAAUUUUACCUAAUGUUAAGUUUCUCCUGAAACAAAGGACAUAUAUUUCAAGGAAAAUAUCAUUUUUAGCAAUAAUAUACCUCUAGACUACAUCUUGUUGCAUAAAACAUCUUACCCAUGUGUAUUUGGAAUGGUAUUGUAAACAUUAGGAAAAGAGUAAUGCAUGAGAAUUGUGACCGCAACAUAUAUAGAGCUGUAUUGAAAGAAUAUUAGUGACUUUACAACAUCAAGCAAUCAAUCAGUAAUCUAAAAUGUGCAUGCCAAUUAAUCAAAGACAUCUAUGUACCCACUGCAAAUCAAGCAUUACCCACAGAAAAAAGACUGGAUACGAAAAUCCAUUACAUAGAAACCCGUCCAACAGACAGAAACCUCCAAUGACCUAACAAUAAACUAAUUAUAAAUAUGAAGUUCUGAACUUUAUUAUUUGAAAAAAGAAAAAAAAUAAUAAUAUAAAUAAUAUUCUUGGUUUGCUCAUUUUUGCCUUCAGAUAUAUACUGAUGUCAACUACGGGUGUAUGUUAGAACAUUGACUAGCAAGAACGUCGACGUUCAUAACAUCAUCCCCAUAUGAUUGAAACAGCACUAUAUGAAAGUCAAAUCAAAUUGCAGUUGUAAUAAUAAAAAAAAGUUUUAUUCAAAAAUCUGUUAUGAAUA